UCUGUCAGACGGUGGACCGCCGUACCGUACGUUGUGUAGUUAGCGCAGCAUUAGCACUGAUAUACCCGGUAGCAGCACAUAGCCUGCUCUACUACGCCUGAUCGACAGACUGUCUUGACUCUUGAAGGAAGGAAGGCAAGAGACGAAGACAAGACACGCGUGCUUUGAAGGGGGGGAGCGGAGUGAGAAUCAUCUAUGAAUGCUCAGAAGUGUGCCCCUCGACUAAAAGGAAGUGACAGAACUAUAAACUACGUGUGAAGGACCAAAACAGAUAUGGUGGACACGCAGAUGCCUGCUUGGCCCAUGAGUUUCGGGCUGAGCCCCAUGGACCUGGCCGGGUUGGACGACAGCUCCCACUGUUUUGACAUGAAGCCCUUCUCCACCCUGGACUACACCAGCCUUUCUGGCUUUGGUUACGACACCAGCCCUCCCCAGAGUGAAGACUUGACGCACAUGGACUGCAUGUACAAUUUCAAAACACAAGAGAGCCAAAGUACAAUAAAACUUGAGCCAGAAUCUCCACCACAGUAUUCAGAGAACAGUCAGUCAUAUUCUAAACUGCAUGAUGACCCAUCCACCUCAAUGCUAAACAUUGAGUGCCGUGUGUGUGGAGACAAGGCUUCAGGUUUCCACUACGGAGUCCACGCUUGUGAGGGCUGUAAGGGUUUCUUUCGAAGGACCAUACGGUUAAAGCUGGUUUAUGACCGCUGUGACCUGCACUGUCGAAUUCACAAAAAGAGCCGCAACAAAUGCCAAUACUGCCGCUUCCAGAAGUGCCUAAUGGUGGGAAUGUCACAUAAUGCCAUUCGUUUUGGCCGAAUGCCUCAGGCUGAGAAGGAGAAGCUACUGGCAGAAUUCUCCACUGACCUGGAUCACAUGCACCCGGAGUCCGCAGACCUGCGCACCCUUGCCAAGCACCUGUACGAGUCCUACGUUAAAUACUUCCCACUGACCAAGGCCAAGGCCCGGGCCAUUCUCUCUGGGAAGACUGGGGACAGUGCGCCCUUUGUCAUCCAUGAUAUGAAGUCUUUGACGGAGGGGGAGCAGUUCAUUAACUGCAAGCAGAUGCCACUGCCCGACCAGAGGCCCGAGAUGGGUUUGGGCUUCGGCAUGGGGCAGGAGUCAGCGGACGAGGUGGAGCUACGCUUCUUCCACAGAUGCCAGUUCCGCUCCGCGGAGGGCGUGCGAGAGGUGACGGAGUUCGCCAAGAGCAUCCCAGGAUUCGUGGGUCUGGACCUGAACGACCAGGUGACGCUGCUCAAGUACGGGGUCAUUGAGGUGCUGAUUAUCAUGAUGGCGCCACUCAUGAACAAGGACGGCACGCUGAUCUCCUACGGCCAGAUCUUCAUGACCAGGGAGUUCCUGAAGAGCCUCCGCAAGCCUUUCUGUGAGAUGAUGGAGCCCAAGUUUGAGUUUUCAGUGAAGUUCAACAUGCUGGAGUUGGACGAUUGUGACAUGGCGCUCUUCCUCGCCGUCAUUAUCCUCAGCGGAGAUCGACCUGGGCUGCUCAACGUGAAGCCCAUUGAGGACCUCCAGGAGACCGUACUCCAUGCCCUGGAGCUCCAGCUGAAGAUGAACCACCCCGACUCUCUCCAGCUUUUCGCCAAGGUGCUACAGAAGAUGACAGACCUCCGGCAGCUGGUCACAGACCAUGUGCACCUGAUCCAACUGCUGAAGAAGACAGAGAUUGACUUGUGCUUGCAUCCACUGCUGCAGGAGAUCAUGAAAGACCUGUACUAGGCUUUGGGCGUGUCCCUGCUCUGCCUCCCUGCUCAUGUGACUAGCUACUUCACACGGCACCUACCUAAGGUGUGCCAUGGUAACGUUACUGUACUGUGCCACAACUGUUGACAUAAGCUGAGGGUCAGAUUCAGUCUAAUCGCCAUAGCAAUGGAUCAAAAUUGUGCAGCUGGUAUAAAAGCAGUUAAUUUCAUAUAGUUUGAAGUCAAACUAAAACGAUUGAAACAAAAUCCAGGAAAAACUUUACACGUCCUUAACUUUGAAUAACUAAAUUAAGCAUGUUUAACAUAUUUUAUUACUUACACUUACUUAGCAUAAGUUUUCAUUGAUUUCCAUGGCAGCAGUUUGUAAUAUGCAUAAUUUAGGUGUUCAAGGUAAAUGACAAUGCAUAGUGUAGUUAAACUGAAUCUGGGCCUGAGUUUUUAGGUAUUUAUCUCUGUUCUCAUAAAGGUGAUGCCCAUUGUCGCAUAUAGGGACAAGGCAUUUAGCUGAUUGAGUGUGAUUUAGAUUGCACCUCGAACAAGCAAAGAGAAAGUGAAUGACAGUUUUUGAGGAUAAUUGUUUGUCUCAAUUUUAUUGGCCUACACUAUGUCAGAAAGGGAGAAAAUAACUGAACAUUUAACACCAAUAAGAUUGUUUUGAAUGUUGUCUUUCAGAUUAUAAAAUAAAACAAAUAAUGUCCAUAUAAUCUUUUUUUUUAAACUGAAGUCUUCAUACAGUUUCUGAAAGGGAGCAUGAUACCUUUAAGUCAGGAUUAAGUGUUUAAUGCAGGUCUGUAUGAAAACAAAUUUACAGUCAAAUUUAUUUUCAUUCCUCGGGGUAAGAGUGUGUGAGUGAAUGGCGUGUGUGCCCUGCAAUGGAUUGGUGACCUGUCCAGGGUGUAUUUUUGUCUCUCGCCCAGUGCAUGCUGGGAUAGCAGCACCCCCCGCGACCCUGACCAGGAAUAAGCGAGUUAGAUAAUGGAUGGAUGGAUGGAGAUUUCUUUUCAGUGGACCUUCGUUCACUAGCCUUAUUUUUGCUCACUUUACUAAACAAGCACAAAUACAGAAAAUACAGUGAUUUUUCUAUGAUCUUGAAGUUAUUUCUUUCUAUUUUUUUUUACUUUUUUUAAAGAAUGAAUAUUGGUUCAUGAACAUUCCAGCUGUCCAGUUGGUGUCUGGUCUAUAUGUGAGUGUAAACAAGAAAGCUUUGGCUUGCAGAACCUAGGCCUACCCUACUUUUGCUUUAAUAAUGAAACAGAGCUUUUUUCUCUUAAAUUUACAUGUUCAUUGCUUAUCUCAUCAGAUGUUUGGAGGGUAUGGAUAGAGACAGUACCUGCCUUAAAAUUCUUCUUGCCAUGUCCUUUUAUUUUGCCGAGUUUGUAUACUCAAAAGUCAAAUGAAACCAUUGUCACAGUAUUUCUAAAUUGGUGAACAUGAUUUUUUUUUCAAUUAAGCAGUUCUAUAAAUGUAAAUAAAUGUUUUUUAAAACAUUA